AUGGAAGUCGUCCUUCCCCGCUCGGAUUUCCUCCCAAUAUUGAAUAUCUCCGUCUGUGUACCAUCAGUUGCAGCACCGCCACCAGCAGAUAACUUCCACGUCGCAGUGACACCUCCAGGCCUCUUACUGUCGCGCCCUAUUGGCAGUCAUAUGAUGUUGUUGUGCCAUCUGAAGACAAAGGAACAUCUGCCUGGUCUGCGGUUAUACUUUCAGACGUUUGAUGGCGCCAAGGUGCUUCCGGGAAGUAACUCCAUUAUCACCUCCAAGGACGAAUGGCCUCAUGUCAAAGUGUAUCUGAAAUUUGACAAAAAAAUCGAAGGUCCAGUGUCAUGCCAUGCGGAGGACCCGUUGACCGGACGACAUGCCCUCGAUAGCAAGCAAAUCAAGACUUACAACCCAUUGACUGUCACCGCUUUCCCAGACCAGACACUGAAGUUGGGAAGGGGGUCUCUACUGGAGUGUUUAGUAGGAGGUGGUAGUGGUAACGAUACGGUAGUCGCAUGGCUGAGAGGAGGUCAACUUGUGAAUAUAAAUGACUCUUCAAAAUACAAGGUCCGGGACACUGGGUUGCUCAUCAAGAACGUGGAGACUUCGGAUGCCGGGACAUACAUCUGCCGGGCGGAGGAUGCGGCCAAGGGUUUGAUGUUGCAGAAGAAGAUUACAGCUACAAUAAAGUAGAAGGGCAAUAAGAAUAGAGACGAAGAAAUGGAUCUGUUAAUGUGUGCAUUUGAAUGGGGAAAAGAGACGAAUAUAUAUCCACCGAUAAUCUGUUUUAAUAUACAGUCACACAUAUUGUACUACCCAGGUUAUGGUUGUCUCACCAACAUCACAAUGGUCAAUGCGGUGAUUUUACAUAAUCCGUCAUAAAAAUGAAACAUUCUCAUAAAGGCGUAUAUCAUAAUACAAAAAGGAAAGAUUUUAUAGCUUUUUCAGUGGAUCAGUAAGAUGACUUCGGAGAUUUUGUUGACAGUUCUCAGAAAUCUAGGCUCGAACAGCGCUUGACAACGGCACUCUAUCAUGGUAGCCCACUGGGUACGAUGCUGCUAAACCAUUUUCUUGACGUCGUUGUAACCGGAACUGGUUAUUCUCUCCACUCUCUCCGUUCAAUUAGUAGCGGUUUGCCACGUGAUACGUAUCAUUAAACAAUUAUAAACAAGAAUCAUCAUCUCGUCCCCAGAUGAUAAUUUCGUAUAUUAUCCAAACAUACACAUGGCGAGAUCUGUUAAGUGCAUGCAGUGAUCGAGGUUUGAAGAAUGACAAUAUGGCUGCAGGUGCCAUGGUUGUUGGAAUGAAGGGUAGUGUUGUAUUUCAUUCGUUCCGUCGGCUGAUUGCACCUGCGGAUUAUACAAUAGUACUGUUGAUAACGGCAGCAACUUUUCAGUCCAGUAUUUGACGACAGAAACCAUGAUUCUGAUAAUACAUUCAUGAGCUGAAGGAGCCCAAACACAUUUCAUUGUAUUCACAAGAUUUUUAUUUUGGUGAAUUGCAACAAAAAUGUUUAAAGUUUUUGUCUACCUUUCAAUAUUUUUCCGAUUUUUAUGUUGCAAAACGAGGUUAUUCACAAAAUUCCGCGAAAAGAAAACCCCUGCGAUAAUUUGGCAGUUUUGUGUAAUAAAACCAAACAAUUGCUGACUGAGGAUACGUUCGGCUUCGCGUAUGGGGACCUCUACUAGUUUUUACCCUAGGUAUAAGGACGUCUCGCAGGAUAUCACUUUCUAAUCGGCAAUCACCUCGGGGUAUCUCAGCCAAUUAGUGACAAGUUUUAAUCAAGGUGGUAUUCCCCGUAUCGCUUAUUUCGUUAGUGUCAAUAUCAUUAGCGUUAACCCUUUCCGAAUGCUUUUUCACACCAAGUAGGAACUCAUAACAAGUAUAGUCGUCCGUUGAUUUUGUGCAAGAACACCGUCUGGCAAUUGUCAUUUUCUCGUCCGAUCUCGCAAUUUCCUGGACGAGACAACGUCAGUCCGGAGAAGUCUUAGUGGCAAUGGUGAAACUAUAGAAGAUCCCCAGUAAAUUCUAAUCCAAUGUACAGAUUUAACCUCCUGGUGUAUUUCAUUGAAAACCGUUCAGAUGAUUGAAAGCAUG